GAGGGGCGUUCAGUGGCAGCCGUGACGGGAGGCUACAGGGUGCCACGGUUUCUCGCUCGUUACAUCAGUUAAUAUCAUGGAAUCCAUUCGAUCAUCUUUUAGCUUCAAUUGGCUGUCUGCUAAGUUCUUCACGACAGGAUGGGAUUUCUUUCUGAAGCAAGAAGCGUCAGUUUUAGCCUUCCUGUGUGGUCUGAUGGCUGUUGUUGACUACUUCCGAGGGAACUGCAUCACAUGUGCCAUAUUCCAUGCCAGCCUAAUCAUCCUCGUUCGACGAUUUCUGGCGGGGGGGAUUUGCAAUUCCACUCGACGCCUGGAUGGCAAGAUAGUUGUUAUUACUGGUUGCAAUGUGGGCAUUGGGAGGGAGACUGCUAGAGACCUUAGUGGACGAGGUGCCAAGAUCAUCAUGGCUUGCCGCGACACCAAGACAGCAGAGAAAGUAGCCAAGGAAAUCGGCAGUCAGACUGGCGGGGAGCUGGCGGUGAUGAAGCUUGACCUUGCCUCCCUGGCCUCCGUGCGCGCCUUUUCCGAGGAACUCAAGUCCAGAGAGAGGCGUGUUCACAUCCUCAUCAAUAAUGCAGGUGUGGGGAUAUUCUCUGUGAUGAUGUUCCCCUACAGCAAGACGGAGGACGGCUUCGAGCUGCAGAUGGGCACAAACCACCUUGGGCAUUUCCUCCUAACCAACCUCCUGCUCCCUCUGCUCACCCACUCCGAGGAGGCGCGCGUGAUCACCCUCAGUUCUUUGGCCCAUUCCUAUGGCAUUAUUCCCUUCGACGACAUGACGUACGAAAAAGGCUUCGACCGCAACCAGUCGUACGCGAACAGCAAGGUGGCCAAUAUCCUGUUUACGCGCCAUCUUGCGAAGAAGGUCAAGGCACGAAGAUCAAGUCUUCUCUCUGCACCCGGGGGUCGUGCAGUCCAAACUCUGGAGGCACGUGGCGGGGACUUUCGCGUCUCCUGGUACGCUGCGCUCAUCUCCAAGAGCAGCGUGGAAGGCGCUCAGACCACUCUGCAUUGCGCUCUUGAAGCAGAGCAGGAUGACUAUAGUUAUUACUUCAGUGACUGCGCGGCAGGUAUUGCUUCAGCAAUUGCCAGGAACGACAAGAUAGCCGAGCGACUGUGGCAGGUGUCGGAGAAGAUGGUUAAGCUUAAGGCAAUAACAAAUAUUGCCAGUGUGAUGAUGUGCCCCUACAGCAAGACGGAGGACGGCUUCGAGCUGCAAAUGGGCACAAACCACUUUGGGCAUUUCCUCCUAACCAACCUCCUGCUCCCUCUGCUCACCCACUCCGAGGAGGCGCGCGUGAUCACCCUCAGUUCUUUGGCCCAUUCCUAUGGCAUUAUUCCCUUCGACGACAUGACGUACGAAAAAGGCUUCGACCGCAACCAGUCGUACGCGAACAGCAAGGUGGCCAAUAUCCUGUUUACGCGCCAUCUUGCGAAGAAGGUCAAAGGCACGAAGAUCAAGGUCUUCUCUCUGCACCCGGGGGUCGUGCAGUCCAACCUCUGGAGGCACGUGGCGGGGACUUUCGCGUCCUCCUGGUACGCUGCGCUCAUCUCCAAGAGCAGCGUGGAAGGCGCUCAGACCACUCUGCAUUGCGCUCUUGAAGCAGAGCAGGAUGACUAUAGUUAUUACUUCAGUGACUGCGCGGCAGGUAUUGCUUCAGCAAUUGCCAGGAACGACAAGAUAGCCGAGCGACUGUGGCAGGUGUCGGAGAAGAUGGUUAAGCUUAAGUAAGAAAUUAGAGAAAUAGUAAGAGAGAGCGAGAGGAGAUUCGAAAAAGACCGGCAGACAAGGGCCUAAUUAGUUCUCUUACCAUUAGGCAGUGGCGUCGUAAUCCAGUGCUGUCAUUUUUCUAACUUCACUGAAUGUUUACAGUUAGAUCAGGCUUCAUGUUAACUGGCUUUGGAGAAGAGCAGGCGUCCUGUUCGUGUAUACAGAACUU